UAUAAGCUAGCUUGAUAACAUUCGUCCCAUCGACAUUUUUGUGUUACUGUAGUAUUUUGUUGGAAGCGUUUGUUUUUUUUUUUGUGUCCAUAUUAGCCUUGUUCACGACCGCUGUUUUUCUCAUCACUUGGUACAGGUUCCUGUAUCAUGUAUGCUAUGUCUUCAUCGUCUUCAACGACUUCAUACGUGGUCGUUAAACAAGAAAACGAAGCCAACAGUCAAGUUCCCAUUGUUAACAUGGCCCCUAUACCAGCUUAUAAACGAAGACGAAAUGAAAAACCUGGGAAAGGACUACGACAUUUUGCCAUGCGUGUAUGCGAAAAAGUACGCAGUAAAAUGGUUACAACUUAUAAUGAAGUAGCUGAUGAACUUGUUGCUGAAUAUCCAGAGGGUAGUAAUGCUGAACAAUAUGAUCAAAAAAAUGUUAGAAGACGAGUAUAUGAUGCUUUGAAUGUCUUAAUGGCCAUGAAUAUUAUAUCAAAAGAAAAGAAAGAAAUCAAAUGGAUAGGACUGCCAGUGACUUCAUUUCAAGAGCCAUCUACAUUAAGCCAAGAGCGAGAAGAUAUAAUGGCUCGGCUCAAUGAAAAACAAGCAAUUUUGGAAGAAUUAAUUGUUCAGCAAGUUACUUUCAAGCAACUUGUUGAAAAAAAUAAAAAAUAUGAACAGAUACAUGGCCAGCCUUCUUCUGCAUCAGUUCUUAGUUUGCCAUUCAUUGCUAUUAAAGCUGAUCCUGGUACCGUAAUCGAUUGCAGUAUUUCUCAAGACAAGAAAGAAUACUUGUUUGGAUUUAGUAACAGUUAUGAAAUUGUAGAAGAUAUGGAUUUAUUAAAAAGCAUGAAUCUUUCAUUGGGUCUCAAUACAGGUUCAAGUACUGCAGAACAACUAGAACAAGCAAAAGCAUGUGUACCGAAGAAAUUACAUGAAUUUUUAUCACGAAUAGCUAUUGAAUCAUCAGCUUUGGAUGUUGUAGACGAACAACCAACAAAAAAGUUUAAAUCCAGCUAAAGUAAAAUCACUUGCAUUGACCAGUGCCUAAUAAUUUUUUAGGAAUUUUAAUUGAAAUUACUCUAUUUUUUACAAAAUCUUAUCUUAAGUUAUGUUAAUUUAAGUUAAGUCACAUUGCUUGUUAAUGCAUGAACAAUUUCGGUGUUAUCGGUACAGUCUAUGUAUAUAUAUAUAUAUAUUUAUUUUUUUGGAGAUUGAGGAUAUGUAGGAGGCCAAGUAAUUUUCUCUCUAUACAAAUUUUGUAAUUAUAUGUUGAUACUUUUGAUGUUUUUACUCUUAGAGUUAUGGAAUUAAAAAUAUUAUUUUGUUGUUUU